AUGUCUAGACCCAUCGCUUCGACGCAAUCCGUUACCCUAGACCACACCUCGAUAGAUUAUGACCCUGAAUAUGCUUACACGUUAGAACAAGGCGGCGCUGUCAAAGAGAAGCUCGACUCUUCGGCGGCUAAUACGCCCGCUACUGAGCCCAUUCCCAAUGGCGGGUCUUUGGAGCGCAUUUGCUCUUCUUUAACUCUUGCACCCCAACCCCGUAGGGGCAUUAUCAACACAUUCGGUGCCUACCAGGCGUACUACGAAAGUGACCUGCUGCGCUCGCACUCCGGAUCCCAAAUCUCGUGGAUUGGCACCGUCCAGGGUUUCCUCCUGAUCCUGUUCAGCAUCGUCAGCGGUCCGCUCUUCGAUCUCGGCUACCACCGAGCGCUCCUCAUCAGCGGAACAUUCCUGGUCGUCUUCGGCAUGAUGAUGACGAGCCUCGCGACGCAGUACUGGCAGCUGUUCCUCGCGCAGGGCCUCGUCGUCGGCCUCGGCGCCGGGUGCCUCUUCCUCCCCAGCGUCGCCAUUGUCGCCACGUACUUUACCACCCAGCGUGCCCUUGCCACGGGUGUCGUGGCGGCCGGCGGCAGCAUCGGCAGUGUCAUCUAUCCGAUUGUCUUUCGGAGGCUGCUGUCACAGGUCGGUUUCGCGUGGGCGACGAGAGUCAUUGGCUUCCUCGCCCUGUUUACACUCACCAUCAGCAUCCUCAUCAUGCGAACCCGCGUGCCGAACCCCAAAGAAUUACGAGCGCUCCUAAACCUGAGCGCAUUCAAGUACGCUCCCUUUAACGCCUUGUGCCUCGGAUUGGUGCUGGCUUUCAUGGGUCUAUACGUGCCGUUCUUUUACGUCAUCAUCUACGCGCAAAGCAAGCUUAAGCUCGAUGGCGACAUUUCAUUCUACCUUCUCUCUGUUCUGAACGCCGCAUCCCUCGCCGGCCGAAUCAUACCGGGAUUGCUGGCCGACAAGUUUGGCUCUCUCGAAGUCCUGAUGGUGACCUCACUUUUAUCCUCGCUCCUGGCGUACUGCUGGCUGGUCAUCUACAACCUCGUAGGUAUCGUGGUAUUCUGCAUCUUCUAUGGAUUCCUCUCGGGCGUGGUCGUGUCUCUGCCCACCACUGUCGUCGCGGCGCUGGUGCCAGAGCUCCGGCUCAUGGGGACCUGGAUGGGCAUGUGCUUCUGUUUUGCCGGUCUUGGCUUCUUGAUCGGAACCCCUAUUGCUGGAACGAUCAUCAAGCCGGAAGAGGGUAAAUUUAGUGGCGGGCUUAAUUUUUCGGCCACAAUGGUGUUCGCUGGCACCGUCGCAUUUACUAGCAUUGUCGUCUUCAAGAAGAGAUCGAGGCCUGGAAUGACAGACACUAGGCGAUUAGGUUGCUAA